AUGGAGGAAUGCACAUCUCGUGCAGAGACUAUCAUCAAAGAGGGGAUGCUGAUGAAACAGACCAGCUCUUUCCAGCGCUGGAAGAGACGAUAUUUUAAGCUGCGAGGACGAACACUCUACUAUGCAAAAACUGCUAAGUCCAUUAUUUUUGAUGAGGUGGAUCUGACAGAUGCCAGUGUGGCAGAAUCCAGCACUAAGAAUGUCAACAACAGCUUCACGAUUAUCACUCCAUGUCGGAAGCUCAUCCUUUGUGCUGAUAACAGAAAAGAGAUGGAAGAUUGGAUUGCAGCACUGAAGACUGUACAAAACCGUGAACAUUUUGAGUCUACCCAGUACAGUAUGGACCAUUUCUCAGGGAUGCAUAACUGGUACGCCUGCUCACAUGCUCGGCCAACAUACUGCAAUGUGUGUCGGGAGGCAUUAUCUGGAGUCACGUCACAUGGGCUCUCCUGUGAAGUGUGCAAGUUUAAAGCCCACAAGCGGUGUGCUGUGCGGGCAACCAAUAAUUGCAAGUGGACAACUCUGGCCUCUAUUGGGAAGGAUAUCAUUGAGGAUGAAGAUGGGAUCUCAAUGCCACAUCAAUGGCUGGAAGGAAACCUCCCUGUGAGUGCCAAAUGCACUGUGUGCGAUAAAACCUGUGGCAGUGUCCUACGUUUGCAAGACUGGCGCUGCCUUUGGUGCAAAGCCAUGGUACACACAGCAUGUAAAGACUUGUUGCCAAACAAGUGCCCUCUUGGGCUGUGCAAAGUGUCUGUCAUUCCUCCUACUGCUCUCAACAGCAUUGAUUCAGAUGGCUUCUGGAAAGCUACUUGUCCCCCUUCUUGCACAAGCCCUUUGUUGGUCUUUGUCAACUCAAAAAGUGGAGACAACCAAGGUGUAAAAUUUCUACGAAGAUUCAAACAGCUACUGAAUCCAGCCCAGGUCUUUGAUCUCAUGAAUGGAGGACCUCACCUUGGCUUACGCUUAUUUCAGAAAUUUGACACUUUCCGGAUUCUAGUUUGCGGUGGGGACGGAAGUGUUGGCUGGGUUCUCUCUGAAAUUGAUAGCCUCAAUCUUCACAAGCAGUGCCAGCUGGGAGUCCUUCCCUUGGGAACAGGGAAUGACCUUGCCCGUGUGUUAGGCUGGGGAUCUGCUUGUGAUGAUGAUACCCAGCUCCCGCAGAUCCUGGAGAAGCUGGAGAGGGCCAGUACCAAAAUGCUGGACAGGUGGAGCAUCAUGGUGUAUGAAACCAAACUCCCUCGCCAGGCCUCCACUUCCACAGUCACCGAAGAUUUCAGUGAGGAUUCUGAGGUGCAGAAGAUUCUCUUCUAUGAAGACUCUGUGGCUGCUCAUUUGUCCAAAAUUUUGACUUCUGACCAACACUCAGUGGUCAUCUCCUCAGCCAAGGUGCUUUGUGAGACAGUGAAGGAUUUUGUUGCUCGAGGAGGGAAAGCUUAUGAGAAGGCAACGGAAAGCUCGGAGGAAUCAGAGGUCAUGGCCAGGAAGUGCUCUGUCCUGAAGGAGAAGCUGGACUCAUUGCUGAAGACACUGAAUGAUGAAUCUCAAGCAUCUUCAUCUCUGCCAAACCCUCCUCCCACCAUUGCAGAGGAAACCGAAGAUGGUGAUGGGUCAGGCAGUGCUUGUGAUUCUUCUAGUGACCGGUCGGUGGGAUCAUCAUGUACUGCACGGCCCCAGAUAUUUCGCCCCCGAGAACAGCUCAUGUUGAGAGCCAACAGCUUGAAAAAAGCCAUUCGUCAGAUAAUAGAGCAUGCAGAAAAAGCUGUAGAUGAGCAGAAUGCCCAGACCCAGGAGCAAGAGGGCUUCCUCCUUAGUCUCUCAGCCUCUGAAGAGGGCAAGGAGCUGAGGAACGAGGAUAAAAUCUCCCUGCAGUCAUCACACAGCAGCAGCUAUGGAGUGUCCAAAGGGAGGAGCCAGCGGAAAGCAUCCAAGUCUCCUUGCGAAAGACUAAUAAACAAAGGAAGUUUGUCGCUGGGCAGCUCUGCAUCUCUUCCUCCCCAGACAGGAAGCCGGGACAACUUGCCAAUGCUGAACACAAAAAUUCUCUACCCAAAUAUCCGUGCUGGCAUGUCUGGUUCUUUGCCUGGGAGCUCUGUCAUCAGCCGACUGUUAAUCCAUGCUGAUCCCUUUAACUCUGAGCCUGAAAAUCUUGAAUGUUACACAGAGAAGUGUGUCAUGAAUAAUUACUUUGGAAUUGGACUGGAUGCAAAGAUUUCUUUGGACUUCAACAACAAACGUGAUGAGCACCCAGAGAAAUGCAG